ACUUCCUGUCAUUCCUGUCUAGUGUUUCCUCUGCCACUACUCAGGGUUUGACGUCAACAUUAUACGUCACUCAAGUCGUCAUCAUUCGUCGUCUUCCCUGUUACGGAGAAGCGGAGGAUGCAGCCCCCCGGUCCCGCAGCGCGUCCCCUGCACUCCAACAGCCCUCCCGGGGACUUCACCUUCGUGUCUUCCUCUGGGGCGGAAGAUCUGAGCGGCUCUAUAGCGCCCCCCGAUGUCAAGUUAAAUCUUGGGGGCGACUUCUCCAAGGAACCCACAGCCACCACCUUCCUGCGGCAGAGGGGGUACGGCUGGCUCCUGGAAGUCGAGGAGAACGACCCCGAGGACAAUAAGCCCCUCUUGGAGGAACUGGACAUAGACCUAAAAGACAUUUACUAUAAAAUCCGCUGUGUUCUGAUGCCGAUGCCGUCCCUGGGGUUCAACAGACAAGUCGUACGGGACAACCCCGAUUUCUGGGGGCCCUUAGCGGUCGUCCUCUUUUUCUCCAUGAUUUCCUUGUACGGGCAGUUCCGAGUGGUAUCGUGGAUCAUCACAAUAUGGAUAUUCGGAUCACUAACCAUUUUCCUGCUUGCGAGGGUAUUGGCUGGAGAGGUGUCGUUUGGGCAGGUUCUGGGGGUGAUCGGAUACUCCCUGCUCCCCCUGAUCGUCAUUGCGCCGGCGCUGCUGCUGCUUCGCCCCUUCGAAAUUGUCUCCACUGCAGUAAAGCUUUUCGGAGUGUUCUGGGCCGCAUACAGCGCUGCUUCUUUAUUGGUCGGGGAGGAGUUUAAAACCAAGAAGCCGCUUCUGAUUUACCCCAUCUUCCUGUUGUACAUCUACUUCCUGUCCCUCUACACCGGCGUCUGACCCGCAGGGGGUAAUAUCCUCUGUAUACGGUUACAUGGAUACCGGCGGGUCUGGCGACGGCUGGACUCUAGGACUAGGCUCGGUUCUGGAUGACACAGAAGCCUAUAUAUUAUUUAACCCUAAAUUCUGUCUCGAGGGGGGGCCCUGCUGCAUAUUGUAGUUCAGGCUCCCGGGGCAUUAAAGGGAAAGUAAUUUGAUGCUUUUUUAUAGAAAAACAGACAGUCACUUCGUCUUCUAUUUGCCGACACACAGGCACCAUCAGGCCUAUCAGUAUAAUAUAUAUGGGGGGGCCUAUCGGUAUAAUAUAUACGGGGGGGGCCUUAUAGCAAGAGAAGUGCUCCCUAUAAAGCCAGUGGUGCAGGAGGGGCGCCAGUUGUCUAAUGUAAAUAAAGAGUUAAAUGUAUUAACUUCCUGUUUGGUUUCACUGGUUCCUCCUGCAUUUUCAGCCUUAGCGACCCUUGUCUCAGGCCGGCCGGGCACAGCCCUCCUGUCGUUUUAUAAACCCCCCCCCCUGCAAGAACGGCAUGGAAUAUUCCACACUAAGCGAUAUGGCAGCGCCCGCGUGUCCCAAACUAGUGACUGCUGCAAUACAAUGUAUAUAUAUCACUAAUGAGCAUCUCUCGUAUCAAAGUGCAAUUGAUGGGGGUCGGGGGUGAGGGGGGGUUGCUAUAAAUACUAAAACAUUUCCUGUAGAUAAGGUACAUACCUAUUUAUGUGAUGUAGUCAGAACCCGCUGUUCAUGGGCUCAUGAUUCUGGUUUCGAUUGUUUUAUAUUCUAUUUCCAAUGCAAAUAACAAUAAACUACAGGAAACCA